GGCGGCGGCUUUGUGGCCCGCCGGGCGGCUUGGCGCGCGCGGGGGGAAGGGCGGCGGGAAGCGGCGGCGCCAACGGGCGAGGCCGGCGGGCGGGCGGCGGCGGGACGUGCCCGGCCUGCGCCGCGGUGGCCCAUGGAGAACUUCCAGAAGGUGGAGAAGAUCGGCGAGGGCACCUACGGGGUGGUCUACAAGGCCAAGAACAAGGUCACCGGCGAGGUGGUGGCGCUCAAGAAGAUCCGCCUCGACACGGAGACGGAAGGGGUUCCAAGCACAGCUAUCCGGGAGAUCUCCCUUCUCAAGGAACUGAACCACCCAAACAUUGUGAAGUUGCUGGAUGUGAUCCACACAGAGAACAAGCUCUACCUGGUUUUUGAAUUUCUGAAUCAGGACCUCAAGAAGUUCAUGGAUUCUUCAUCUUCCAUCAGCGGCGUAGAGUUACCCCUUAUCAAGAGCUACCUGUUCCAGCUUCUGCAAGGCCUGGCCUUCUGCCACUCUCAUCGGGUGCUCCACCGUGACCUCAAACCACAGAACCUGCUCAUCAAUGCUGAAGGAGCAAUAAAACUGGCUGACUUUGGGCUGGCCCGAGCAUUUGGUGUGCCAGUGCGCACCUAUACCCACGAGGUGGUGACCCUCUGGUAUCGGGCGCCGGAAAUUCUCCUGGGUUGUAAAUAUUAUUCAACAGCGGUAGAUAUCUGGAGUCUGGGCUGCAUCUUUGCAGAAAUGAUCACCCACAGAGCCCUUUUCCCGGGGGACUCGGAAAUCGACCAGCUGUUCCGCAUCUUCCGCACCCUGGGUACCCCGGAUGAGACUGUGUGGCCAGGUGUCACGUCUAUGCCCGACUACAAGCCCAGCUUCCCCAAGUGGGCCCGGCAGGAUUUCAGCAAGGUGGUGCCACCCCUGGAUGAGGAGGGCAGAAAACUUCUGGCGCAAAUGCUGCAUUAUGACCCCAAUAAGAGGAUCUCCGCCAAGACGGCACUCAAUCACCCUUUCUUCCGAGAUGUUACCAAAGCUGUUCCACACCUUCGCGUGUGAGGCAGGAUCAUGGCCUGCUGCGGAUUCUGCAACAUGCCGGUUCUUUGGACCCCACCAGCCGCUUGCACUUAACUGCCCGGCGUAGAGCUGUUUUUGGUACCAGAGGUCCUUUUUGGAGUUUUACACUCGGAUCCACUGUAAGGUGUUAGCUGAGGCUGGUGCUCUUGACCCAGCUUGCGUGAGGAGAGAUGAGGCUCCAGAUCUGUCAACUGCAGGAAAUCCAGUUGCUGAAAGGACCACAGCUACAUUCAUCAGACUUCUUUAUUCUUCAAGAAUUCCGUCUCCUCCUCGCCAGUCCUGCGAUGACUGUACUGGCUGCGUCACAAAGCUCCUCUCUUGCUGCUGCUUCCUCAGCUCAGAUGCCCCACGGCUCAGCUUCUAGUGGCUGCCAGCACACUCCAACCUGUGUGCAGGGAUUGCCUGGCCUGGCCUUCAGCAAGUGACUUUCCGAUUCGGACGAUGGGUAUUUAGUUUUAAAUACGGGGUUGGAGCCUGGUUAGUGGAGGGCUGUGUCUUCCUGGUGCUCGCAAAAUUUCCCCUUCCUGGUCAAGUCCUCAGUGAGAUUCAGGCACUUAACUAUCCACUGUUCAAGAGCAGGGAGGAAUUUUACUCAAGGGCUAAGGGCUUUUCCAGCACCGGUGAUGUCAGUUGGGGUAGCUCCGCAGUCUAUUCCUGGUGAAGGUAGCUUAGGAUACUCUCUGGUUGAGGUCCAGAAAGAGAGCUUCAGAAAAGAAGGGCUUGACUGCCAAAUUCAUCCUCCGGUGAUCAGCAACUGGCUUUCUAACUCAGUCACAUAGCUGCUUUGUAAACUCCUUUUUGAUAGACUCACCAAAUACUUUUAUUUUUUUUUUAAAUCACCAUUUUUACUAGGAAAAACAGACCAUUUCUUACCAGUAUGGUGUCCACUUCCAGUAACCUACUCACCUGUUUCUGGUGCAUGUAUUUGUCAGUGAGUUGGCAGCUCUUGUGCUUCCGGCCAAUAUUAAGACUAGGUGAAGGAGCAGUAUCGCUAUAAAUCUGGCUUUCCAUUCCAUGCUUGUUACAAAUCUGUCCUUUUACAGUCGGUUAUCGCAUUCUUUUUUUCCUUUCCUUAAGUAUUUUUCAGUAAAUCACCAAUCUCCUAACUGGGGUGGGCCUAUCCAGUUGCUUCAGCUUCAAGCAGUGUAUUGCUCAAUAGUAGAUUAUUUUUUAAAAAAAAGAAAACUUGUGUUUUAGCUUUCAAAAUGGGCGUUGUGUGAAAAUUAAAGGCAUAACAUUUCAAGCUGUUUCUGUCCCCAAGGCCUUUCAAAUCCAGUAAGCAGGAAUGGAAAUUUGCAUUGUGAACACAAUGGUCUCAUUCUUUAAGGGCUGGGAAUGUCAAAACCUCUAUCUCUGCACCUCUUUGUGUCCUGGAAGCAUUCGAACUCUUCAGGUUCUUUAAUUAAAAUGCACUGCGGAAUGUGAAUUGACUUGCAAUCCAGCAUUCAUUCAGCAUAGCACAAAGGCUGAACCCUGAAACAGAAAAUCAUGAUUAGCAAGGGACAAAUUCCUUCCUGGAGAAUCUAGACAAAUCACAUACAUUCUCUGGGCACGUUUCACAAAAAGAGAUUCUUGAUAUUCUGAAAAGAUGGAGUCUGUCCCUCCUUAAUUCAGCAAAAAUCAGGAGGGGGGCGUUGUUUUCACCCCUUCCUCAUAAUCUGUGUAGUUUUAUUCUCAGAUGAAGUGUCCAUUGUUUCAUGUCUGGAUGGAAACUUACUUUUAUUGAUCUUUCCUGUAUGUUUAAGAAUUGUUAUCUGCUCCCUCUCUGGACAAACGGGUCAGGACAGAAUACAAAAAUGGCUGAUGUGUAUAGAUUGUCUCUUCGUAAGCUGGGCAUUUCAGACCCAGUAAGUUAAAGUAUCUUAAAAAUGCCAGCAUGAACCAUCAAAAUAUCAUUAAGAAGCCUUCACAGUCAGAAAGGAUUUUAUUAACCAUGUUGCCUACAUGCAAUACGUGGACUUGUGACUCUUCCCUCUUUUGUACUGGAAAAAGCUGUAUAUUUAUAAGGCUGUUAGUUUUAAAGCAGAUUUCUGGGUUUGUAUGAAUCUUGUUAGUCUAAGCACCUUGAAGUUUUUAAAAGGGAAAAACCUAUAUAUUUUUGUCUUUCUCUUUUUGGUAGCUCUUUAUCUUACAAACGUUUCUAAAACAUUGCAAAAUUAGUAUAUAAAUCAUUAAAAUAUUUUUAGUUUUA